UCAGUGCGUGAAACGCGACGCGAGACAUAGCAACCGCUGUUUAAAUGCUUUCUUUCCUAGCAACCUAGUCGGAAGAGCUCUUGAUGGAAGUAGAAGAGCAAUAUCCGGUAAAUAAACGGAAAGAACUUCUUCACAACCAAGUUAAAGAACUGAGGACUUGUAAUAUGGCCCUCCUGGCAGAAAAUGACAUGUUCGAGCACUUCAUUGGUCGUCUGGAUCCUCGGGACUUGGAGUCCAAAGCUGGGGGAGAAGGCCUGCAAUCAACACAAAGCUCCAACGUGGAUGGUGGGGGAGCUGGGAGAAGGCAGAGCCCUCAGUACAAUUUAUCAGAGCCUCUCCAGCUGCUGACCUUGGGGCAAAAACUUUAUGUGGCACAGAGAGAAGCAACUGAGACACAGGCAGAUCAGGAACAACUUAAAGCGAACUACGAGAGAAUUCUGAACAACUACAAGUCUUUUAUAAAAGAAGCUGACUUGCGUUCAACCGAGAUCAAGAAAGCCAAAAAAGAUUUUGAACGCAGAUUCUUAAAAUCUAUGAAAGGCAGUUUUCUGGAAGUAAAGGAGCCAGAGAAGGUGCUCCAGCACAUCGAAGACAAAUCGAAGGUCAGCCAGCUGGAAAAGUAUCACCAGAAGAAUCAGGCAUUGCGAGUCCAAGUGAUGAAGCUCCUGCAGCAGCUCCAACAGAAAAAAGAGACGAGAGGAGCAGAGUUUGAGGUGGAGGAAGAAAUAUUUUUCCAGGAGUACGAUGAACCCCGACUGGACAAAGGCCUAAAUGAACUUAAACACAAAAGCUCUAAAGUUCAGCGCCUCCUUAGUUCACACAAGGAGAAGCUGCAGAGUUUAACGCUGGAGUCCACAGACCUGAGCAAUGAAAUCACUAGAAGAAAGGAACUGCUUGCAAAACUUCAGGAUGAGAUAAAACGUGCAAAGAAGGAGAGUUUAAAAGCAGAGGGGCUCAACCAAUUCCUGUGCAAAGAGCUAACAGAUCAUCACGUUCCUGAUAUCACAGAGUACCUUUUCGCCAAGGAAAAACACAAGAAGCUGCAACAAAGCAUUCACCGUUGGGAGAGAAAAGUUGGAAUUGCUGAGAUGGCCUUGAAGUCUCACAGUAGAGAACGGAGAAGACAGAGAAGCACUCUGACUCCUUCAAACAGCGCUGAGGCUGGAAAUCGGUAUGGCAAUCCUCAGAUCUCAGUAAAACUCCCAUAUAUAGCAGAAGACAGUACUUCAGAUAAAUGAUUCUCUAGCUAUGACGUAAACGUAUAUCAUUAGAAAUCAUAUAAAUGCGAUACUUUUUCAAAGCUAAUCUUACCAGCCAGGAUAAGUAGCUUAAAAAGUGUCAGAGUUUGAAGAUGUGACUUUUUGUGUCUUUUCUUUUCAAUUUAAAUCUAGUCUUCCAUGAAGAAACAAUCAUGAAAGAUAUAGUUGUAGAAUUUAUAUUUAGAAUCUUGUUCAAAUUCUUGAGAUUGUCAAUUGGAAGCCAAAUGUUUAUCUCAUGUGGUUGUCCCACCAAUUUCACUGAAGACAGAGUUUUGUUAAAUCGUUGCAGAUAUUUUAAUGGAAUUAAAAAUAUGCGGCAAACACCUUUUAUUUUAGCAUGCCUCGACGUUUGUGUCUCACCUGUGAAAAUGCUCUGUGAGUGAUGUCCUGUAAAUCCACUGAAAGUAUUUCAAAUAAAAGUAAAUAAAUAAAAAUCCA